GGUUCAGUCCACGUAGUGUAAAAGAUGAAAAAAGCCCAUCAGAGAAGACUAGACUUUGAGCCUCACGGAGCUUAACCUGACGAUGUUUUUUACAGACGAUCGGAUGAAUAGUAUUCUGGCAUUAAUCGGCACACUAACUUGUUUGUAUUACUUUAUUAAGUAUAGCUGGGAACUCCUAGUUGGUACCAGGAUUUACAUUUUGGCAAAAUUUUGGAGGAAAAACCUGGCACUCUAUGGGGAAUGGGCUGUUGUGACAGGCGCAACUGCUGGGAUUGGAAAAGCUUACGCCCACGAGUUGGCAAGAAGAGGACUCAAUGUGGUGCUGAUCAGUCGGUCGUUGGAAAAGCUGAGAGCCACAGCAGAUGAAAUUGAACAGCAGCAUGGCAAGAGAACCAAGAUUCUUCAGGCUGAUUUUAAUCUUGGUGCUGAGAUCUAUGGGCCAAUUGAAGCAGCGCUGAAGGAUCUAAACAUUGGAAUCCUGGUGAACAAUGUUGGUAAAACCUACCAAACCCUUCCGUGUUACUUCCUAGAUGCCCCAGAUGUCGAAAAGGAAAUUCUUGAUAUACUGAAUUGCAAUGUACUGUCUGUACUGAUGAUGACAAGAAUUGUCCUGCCUCACCUACUGAAAAGGAGAAAGGGCAUCAUCAUCAACAUUUCUUCAGAAGCUGGGACUCACCCACAUCCACUUAUCACCAUGUAUUCAGCUACUAAGGUCUUUGUUGAUUUCUUUUCUCAAGCACUGAAUGCAGAGUAUAAGCCAAAUGGGAUUAUUGUACAGACUGUGUUGCCUCUCUUCGUCUCCACCAACUUGACACAUGAUGCAGAAAUCAAUAUUUUUGUGAAGCAAGCUGAUGACUAUGCCCGGGAAGCUCUGAAUACUGUUGGGCUGAGAGAGAAGACAAAUGGCUGCUUGUCCCACGCCCUGCAGCAUUUCUUCUUCGAAAGGCUGUUUCCAGGAUGGCUCCGACUGACCCAGUUCAACAUAAAUAAUAUGAAGAAACUUGCUGAAAGGAGAAAGCCUUUAGUAGAGAAGUGGAAGAGUAAACAAAAGAUAUCAUAGUCCGACACUUCCGCCAUUUACAAUCCGACCCCACCACCCAAGACAUUUUUCCAUCCCCUCCCCUGUCUGCUUUCCGGAGAGACCACUCUCUCCGUGACUCCCUUGUUCGCUCCACACUGCCCUCCAACCCCACCACACCUGGCACCUUCCCCUGCAACCGCAGGAAAUGCUACACUUGUCCCCACACCUCCUCCCUCACCCCCAUCCCAGGCCCAAGAUGACAUUCCACAUUAAGCAGAGGUUCACCUGCACAUCUGCCAAUGUGGUAGACUGCAUCCAUUGUACCCGGUGCGGCUUCCUCUACAUUGGGGAAACCAAGCGGAGGCUUGGGGACCGCUUUGCAGAACCCCUCCGCUCAGUUCGCAACAAACAACUGCACCUCCCAGUCGCAAACCAUUUCCACUCCCCCUCCCAUUCUUUAGAUGACAUGUCCAUCAUGGGCCUCCUGCACUGCCACAAUGAUGCCACCCGAAGGUUGCAGGAACAGCAACUCAUAUUCCGCCUGGGAACCCUGCAGCCAUAUGGUAUCAAUGUGGACUUCACCAGUUUCAAAAUCUCCCCUUCCCCUACUGCAUCCCUAAACCAGCCCAGUUCGUCCCCUCCCCCCACUGCACCACACAACCAGCCCAGCUCUUCUGCCCCACCCACUGCAUCCCAAAACCAGUCCAACCUGUCUCUGCCUCCCUAACCGGUUCUUCCUCUCACCCAUCCCUUCCUCCCACCCCAAGCCGCACCCCCAGCUACCUACUAACCUCAUCCCACCUCCUUGACCUGUCCGUCUUCCCUGGACUGACCUAUCCCCUCCCUACCUCCCCACCUACACUCUCUCCACCUAUCUUCUUUACUCUCCAUCUUCGGUCCGCCUCCCCCUCUCUCCCUAUUUAUUCCAGAACCCUCACCCCAUUCCCCUCUCUGAUGAAGGGUCUAGGCCCGAAACGUCAGCUUUUGUGCUCCUGAGAUGCUGCUUGGCCUGCUGUGUUCAUCCAGCCUCACAUUUUAUUAUCUUGGAAUUCUCCAGCAUCUGCAGUUCCCAUUAUCUCUCAUAGUUGCAGCAUGAUUUGAAGGGAAUUUGGUGGUGGGGGAGGAGUAUGCAAUUUUAUUCUUCUCCAAUAUCGUCAUUGUGCGGUUCUCUUAUCAUCUGGUGUUUAUGAUUUAGCAACAUCUUUAACAUUAUCCAUUUAACUCCUCGGAAUUUCAGACGAAUGUUUAAAAGCACAAAAUUAGUUAAAUUGUCUCAGAUAAGCAGAAGACAAUUCUUAUAUUUUAUUAAAUUGUAAGUUUCUAAACUUACAAGUGCAGGAAACAAUCAGAAAAAUUGCAGGCUGUGCAAGGUUACCUGGAACAAUGCCUUACAAGAGGACUGUAAAAGUAAUCAAAUGUUGCAAUUGGCUUGUUAUCUAAUGUGAAAUUGUGUGUUCUGCAUCCUGUUGCAGAAGUUGAUAGAUGUGUGUUGAACAACUUUCUGGCAUUUAAUGUAAUAGUCAUGCGUUUAUCACUAUGUUAUAAAUGUUAUUAAUUUAAAAUGACUUCCGUAAAG